AUGUCCCGCCGACCGCCAGCUCCAGGAGCAGACCGAGCAGAACAGAACCGAGCAACGCUCAAACAACUCGUGAAGCUCGAAUCGAACAAGAGCUGCGCCGACUGCAAGCGAAACAAACACCCACGAUGGGCGAGCUGGAACCUAGGCAUCAUCAUCUGCAUCCGCUGCUCGGGCAUCCACCGCGGCAUGGGCACACACGUCUCACGAGUCAAAUCCGUCGACCUCGACUCCUGGACCGACGAGCAGAUGCAACAGAUGCUGAAAUGGGGCAAUUCGCGAGCGAACAAGUACUGGGAGCAUAAACUCGCCGAGGGCCAUGUCCCCAACGAGGCGAAGAUUGAGAACUUCAUCCGGACAAAGUAUGAUAGUAAGCGGUGGGUGAUGGAUGGGGGGAUCCCGGAUCCUACCACGCUGGAUGAUGGCGAGGCAGAUGAUGAUGUGCCGUUGAAUGUGGUGCAGCAGCAGGUCAAGGAGAGGGAGAGGAGUGCUAGUAUAAGGAAUCGGAGUGCGCCUAAUGCGGUGCCGCCUCCUCCUGUUAAGGCGCCGCAGGUUGAUCUUUUUGGGGAUGAGCCAGCACAACAGCCUGCGCGGCCGAGUACGACUGAGCCUGCUGGGAGUAGGCCUGGUCCGCCGAAAGCUCCUGCUGCUGCGACGAAGCAGAGCAAGCCUGGUGAGAGCUUGCUUGGAUUGGAUUUCUUUGGCGGGACGCAGUCUGCGCCUCCAGCGAGGCCAUCUAGUACUGGACCCAAUACGCCUGGUGUGUCUGGACGGAGCGAUCUGAAGCAGUCUAUCCUGUCUUUGUACGCGUCAAAACCAGCUGCACCUCCACAGCCGCAACAACCAGCGGCGAAUGCGUUUGGGGGGAUGCAAUCCCCGCCGUUGGCAUCUCCAACAACACAGCAGUCAAACACGCAAGCACUGGGCGGCUUGGGCGAUGCGUUCGGCUCGCUGUCAUUCAACGCGCCAGCUCAACAGAAGCCGGCGCCAUUCUCCAACUUCACAGCUCCAACUGGACAUUCAAGACAAGCAUCUCAAGUCUGGUCACCACCUCCGUUGAGCGGUGGUGGGUUCUUCGACUCGAAAUCUCUCGCGCAACCAAAGCAAGCCUCACCUCCGGUACAGCCUGUGACAUCCACGCACAGGCCCAGCGAUAGCUUUGGUGCGGACUUUGGCGAUUUCUCAUCAGCAUCGCCAGUAACUUCGGCCAAGAGUCCACUUCCAGCAAGCAGCUCGAUGGGCGAUUUGUUUGACAUGUCGACCCCUCAACCUCCUGUAAAGCCGGCUGCUGUACCUGCUCCUGCUCCUGCUCCAGCGCCAAAGCCUGCUCAGCCCGCACCAAUCAACUACUCCGCCUUCAACCUCACUCAACCCGCUCCUGCACCAGCAGCAGCACCUAAGGCCGCACAAACGUCUUCCAUCCCAAGUAUGUCCAUGAACAACAUGGAUGCUUGGGGCUCAAACAACGCCUGGGCCGAACCAGAUGAGCCAGCACCCGCUCCUGCUGCACCAGCCAAACCAGCCCCACCACAGCAGACCUCGCCCGCAGCAUUCAAGUCGACUCCAGCACCGCCACCGACGAGUGUUCAGACGCCAUUCGACUCCGGCUGGGGAGACCCAGAACCUGCUAAACCAGCGACCACAUCCAGUGCGAGUGGCUUCCACGUCCAGCAGGAUGAGGAGUUUGGUGGCUGGUCCCAUGCUAGUCCAGUUGCGACGACUUCUGGACCCAAGCAAGGUGGUCUGGGAGGCAACUCUGAUGAUCUGUUCGGCAACGUUUGGGAGUAA